GGUUACAAUGUUUAUUAUGAAAAGUGUUUCUGCAGUUACAUUCUUUGUAACUCGUGUCCGAUGUAAGGAUAUUAAGCUGAUAGACAUUAAAGGCAGUUUAGGCACGGUUUGGGCAUCAGGUACUUAAUUGAGAGACGAACUGAUCUUACAGUUUUGGUGGAUAUUUAUUACACAUCCUGACAUCCAUACUGUAAGUAUACUUAAGGAAGCACGAGACACCACCAUAAUAUUGAACUACUUCCACCGCUGGUUGGUCUUUUAUCCAUAUACGAUAUGUCAGCAAAAUGAUCCAGCUUUUAUCCAUAUUACUGCAGCCGUCGUUCUUGGUGUUGGUUGUAACGGCGUUCUGUGUGUGGUACUACUUGAAACACCGAAAUCUUCCUCCUGGCCCGCGAGGUCUUCCUUUGCUUGGAUACGGACCAUAUCUGGGCCCAUCACCCCAGGAUGCACUGUAUGACUUGCGAAAACAAUACGGGAAUAUUUUCAGUAUGUACCUGGGUCCAAACUUGACCAUUGUGCUGAAUGAUUACAAAGCCAUUAAGGCGGCGUAUAUCGACCAAGCGGAUAUAUUUUCCGGACGUGCUGAUGGUUUUAUCAGAACACACGCAUCUGCGGGCUCGGAUGGCGAAAUUCACGGUAUUGCUACUUUGGAAGGAGAGUUAUGGAAAAUUAGCAGGCGGUUUAUGCUGCAGACUUUCCGAAAUUUAGGCAUGGGCAAGAAUCGCAUUCAAGAGCAAAUCUUGGAGGAGGCUGAUUAUAUGCGUGACCUUUUCGCCAAGUCCACCGGCACUCCAUUUUAUCCCCGACCGAUUAUCAGCGCCAUUGUCGCCAACGUCAUAUGUGUACUUUGCUACGGCAGACGUUUCGAUCAUAACGACCCCAUCUUCCGGGAGAUAAUAAACGAUAACGUAACCAUUGCCGACACGUUCGCUCAAGCGGGCCCCAUGCAGUCGUAUCCCAUUCUGCGUUUCCUUCCCGGGAAAUUCCUGACAACCUGGCGGAAAUACAAAGUCGCAUGGAAUCGUACCAUUGGCUUCUGUGGCAAGGAAAUUGAGACACACAAAAAGAAUCUUCAGCAAAACGAAGAGGAUGCGGACUAUAUCGAUGCCUUCCUGAAUCAGCAAAAGAAAGUUUCCGCUUCUGGCAGCGAAAUUGAGCAAAAGGCUUUCCAGCAUGAGGAUUUACUAUUUAACGUGCGUGCCCUUUUUGGUGCUGGGACCGAAACCACAACAGCAUCCAUGUCCUGGGCCUUUCUCUACAUGAUGCACUAUCCGGAUGUGCAGAAGAAAAUCCAUGCAGAAAUGGAUGAAAACGUUGGCCGCGAUCGUUUGAUAACUGUCGAUGACCGGGUUAAACUCCCGUACACCGAAGCGGUUGUCCGCGAAAUACAGCGUUUGGGUAACGUCGCACCAUUUGGUGUACUGCGCUGUAAUUUGGAGGAAACAACAUUACUGGGCUAUCGCAUACCGAAGCGGUCGUUUAUCCUGCCUAACUUUUUGGCCGUCAACAUGGACCCGAAACUAUGGGACAAUCCAGAGUCUUUCCAGCCGGAACGUUUUCUUGACAAGCAUGGAAAAGUGACGGAACCGCCUUAUUUCAUGCCGUUUUCCAUUGGAAAACGAGCUUGUGUCGGAGAAGCACUAGCGCGAAUGGAGAUAUUUCUCUUUUUUGCUAAUAUCUUGCAGAAAUUCCGGCUAGAAGCGCCAAAAGACUAUAAACUACCGGGAAUCAAUCAGAAAAUCGUCAGAAUUUCUUCAGAACCAGUACCCUUCAAGAUACAGGUUUGUGUUCGUGAUUAGAACAAGCAUACAAUUAUAGUAAUAUCAAUAAAUUGUAUGAGAUCUUGGUGCAAACUUUGAUUUUCUAUUUUCUUGGGAGGAAUCAGUUCAAAAUAAGUUCCUUACAUCUUUAUAAAGUCUGUCUGUAACGUUUGUCUUGACACCAAGGGAAUGUGUGCGUACAAAGAAUAUGUUUUCACGUUUUAUCUGCACAUCUUUAUUUAAUAGAAGUGCAUCACAUUCCCUGGUAUCUUUCUAGAAAUUUGUUGUAAAUAAGAAACUGCGAAACUGCCAACAUAAUAUUUCCAAUUUCCAG